CGUCAAGCAGUCCUCCGAAAAGCUUUAAAAUCUUCUCCUAAUGAAUCAACUAACGACCUGUGGAGAGCAACCAGUAACCAUACUAAUAUCCAAUAUGACGCUUAUAACUCUACUAAGGAAGUUCUCAAAGAUUUCCGUUCUAGACACGAAAACAAACUCCUAAACCAAUUAACCAGUCAAGGAUCCUUUUUCUGCAGCGUAAAGAAGUUCGCUUUACCUCAGCUUAACAAGGUGUGGUCCAUCGCCCAAUCAAAGCUCCCGAAAAACAUUUACAACUUUACCAUUCGUUACAUUAACAACUCUCUUCCAACGUGCAAAAACCUAAACAGAUGGGCAAUAUCUUCAAAUUCAGACUGUUCUUUUUGUCUUAGCCCUGAAACAUUACUACACAUAGUAGCUGGUUGUCAGUUUUAUCUCGACCGAUUUACGUGGAGACACAAUUCCGUCCUGAACUUUUUUGCUCAUACUUUACAAACUGUUGGCGAUUCUACUCUCUACGCUGAUCUAAAUGGAUUCAAAAGCCCUUCAAUACUUACUGGUGAUACGUAUCGCCCAUUAUCGUGCUCAAAUGGUUCCUUAUAUGUGGUUGAACUCACCACUGGUUAUGAGACAAACCUCAAAAACAACGUAAAACGGAAGAAGGAUAAAUAUAGAGAAUUAUUGAGACAGCUAG